AUGGUUAACGUCGGUAUUAUUGGUUGUGGAUUCGUUGGUUCUGAAUUGAUCGCUCAACUUCAUGCUACUCGCUCAAGCGCUAGACGUUUGAAGGUGGUUGCCAUUGCCAACAUUGACACAAUGAACCUCUCAGAUAAAGAAUAUACGCCUCUUCAUUUGACCAACUGGGAAUCCGAUCUCUCAAAAUCAGGUGUUAAGCCCAAUUUGGAUGAAUUCAUCAACUACAUGGCUGCUUCUCCCGAUCAUGCUGUCAUUGUGGAUUGCACUGCUUCUGAAGGUAUUGCCAACAUGUAUCCUUUAUGGCUUAAAAAGAACCUCUCCAUUGUCACUCCUAACAAAAAGGCUUUCUCUGGUCCCUUGUCUCUCUUCAAGGAAAUCCAUUUGUUGUCUGCCAAUUACAGUGGUAAUGGCCGUACGCCUUUGACCUACCAUGAAUCCACUGUUGGUGCUGGUCUCCCCGUUUUGUCUACUCUUGUUGACUUUGUCAAGACUGGCGAUGAGAUUAUCACGAUUGAGGGUAUCUUCUCUGGUACUCUUUCGUAUCUUUUCAAUAAUUACUCUACCACUGCUAGCGGUCCAUCCAAGGGAUCCUUUUCUGAGAUUGUCAAGGUAGCCAAGGACCUGGGUUACACUGAACCUGACCCAAGAGAUGAUUUGAACGGUAUGGAUGUUGCUCGUAAGGUUACCAUCUGUGGUCGCUUGGCUGGUUUGGAUCUUGAUUUGAGCACAUUGAAUGUUGAGAAUAUUGUACCUGAAUCCCUUAGAAGCGUUGCUACUGCCGAUGAGUUCAUGUCCAAGCUGCCUGAUUUCGACGAUCACUUCGCCAAACUGAAUGAGGAAGCCAAAAGCGAGGGUAAGGUUCUCCGUUACGUUGGUGUAGUCGAUCCCAAGGGCAACAGUGGUGUCAAGUUGAUGAAAUAUCCCGCCACACAUCCUUUUGCUGGUCUUCAGGGUAGUGACAAUAUCAUCAAAUUCACCACCAAAUACUUCCCUAAUGGUGUCAUUGUCCAAGGCGCUGGUGCUGGUGGACCUCCUACUGCUUACGGUAUCUUUUCUGAUUUGAUCAAGAUCCAAGAACGCGUUGAAGGCUUUUAA